AAUGGCAGAAAUUAUGAAAGAAGAAAUAGUUCUCAUCAAAAAAGAAAUUUGUCCAUCUUCUAGUUUAGAGGAAGCAUGUACUUGGGAUGUACAGGAAGAAGUUAAGAUUGAAAAUACAGAAAUCAAAGAUGUAAUUGCUGAAAAUAUGUUUGAGAUGAAAGAAGAAACAGUUUCCAUCAAGAAAGAAAUUCUUCCAGGUUCUACUGUAGAAGAUACUUGUACAGUUUAUGUACAGGGAGAGAACAUGAAGACGGGAAGUACAGAACUGAAAAGUCCUAUCAUUAAUAAUGAAGAAGAUCCUCUUUACUCUCAACCAAGAAGACUUAAGAGAAACCGUGAGGAAGUAAGAUCAAGUUGUUGUGAUUGUAAUUAUUUGGCAACACAUGCUGGUAAUCUGAAGAACCACAUUGAAAAUAAACAUAAAGGAGUGAGAUAUCCAUGUGGCCAGUGUGACUACAGCGCGCCUACAGCAGGUGGUCUGAAAAAACAUGUUAAACGUAAGCAUAAGGGAGUGAGAUAUCCCUGUGAACACUGUGAAUAUGCUGCCACUACAGCAAGUGAUUUGAAGAGGCAUGUUGAAAGUAUACAUGAAGGAGUGAGAUAUCCCUGUGAACACUGUGAAUAUGCUGCCACUACAGCAAGUGAUUUGAAGAGGCAUGUUGAAAGUAUACAUGAGGGAGUGAGAUAUCCCUGUAAACACUGUGAAUAUGCUGCCACUACAGCAAGUGAUUUGAAGAGGCAUGUUGAAAGUAUACAUGAGGGAGUGAGAUAUCCCUGUAAAUACUGUGAAUAUGCUGCCACUCAAGCAGGCGAUUUAAAGAAACAUGUUAGAAAUAAGCAUGAGGGAGUGAGAUAUCCCUGUAAACACUGUGAAUAUGCCGCCACAACAGUAAAUAAUUUAAAGAGACAUAUUGACAGUAUGCACGAAGGAGUGAGAUAUCCCUGUGAUCAUUGUGAAUACGCUGUCACUACGACAGGAGAUCUUAAGAGACAUAUUGACAGUAUGCAUAAAGGAGUGAGAUAUCCCUGUGACCAGUGUGAAUACGUUGCUACUACAGUUGAAAGUCUUAAAAUACAUAUUAAAUAUAAACAUGAAGGAGUAAGAUAUCCAUGUGACCAGUGUGAAUUCGCUGCCAUUACAGCAGAUAGUUUAAGGAGACAUAUUGAAAUUAAACACGAAGGAAUGGGAUAUCCCUGUGACCAGGGGCAAGACGUGAAGAUGAAAAGAGUAAUUGUAAAUACCAAAGAAGAAUCUGGUCACUUAAUAUCAAAAAGACACAAAAAGAUAAAACUAGGGGGACAAGAAUAUCCCUGUUGGAAAUGUGAUUAUGUGGCAACCCGAGCGGAGUGUCUAAAGAGACAUAUUGAAUACAAACAUGAAGGUGUCAGAUAUCCCUGUGCACACUGUGAAUAUGCUGCCACUACAAAAAGUCAUCUGAAGAAACAUGUUGAAUACAAACAUGAAGGAGUGAGAUAUCCCUGUAACCGUUGUGAAUACGCGGCAUCUACAACAACAGAUCUUAAGAAACAUAUUGAAUAUAAACAUGAAGGAGUGAGAUAUCCAUGUAAUAAGUGUGAAUACGCUGCCACUACAACAGCUAAUCUGAAGAGACAUAUUGAAAUCAAACAUGAAGGAGUGAAAUAUUUAUGUGAUCAGUGCGAUUUCGCUUCCUGUAGCACAUUUAAUCUUAGGAAUCAUAUUGAAAAUAAACAUCAAGGAGUGAAAUAUCCGUGUGACCAGUGUGAAUACGCGGCGUCUAGUACAAUUAAUCUUAAGAAGCAUAUUAAAAAUAAACAUGAAGGAGUGAGAUAUCCAUGUGAUCAGUGUGAAUACGCUGCCACCACCGUGGGUAAUCUUAAGAAACAUAUUGAAAAGGAACAUGAAGGAGUGAGGUAUCCCUGUAAUCAGUGUGAAUACGUUGCUACACAAAUAAGUGCCCUAAAGAGACACAUGAAAAGUAAACAUUAUUGAUUCGUUUGCAUAUCACUUUUUUAAUUUUUACAUUUCAGA